AUGCCAGCCAAUGCCAAUUAUUUUGGAUGGCAGCAGUUCAUGCCGUCGACGCCAGGCCUCGAGACUCGACUACGCCAGACGUCUACAGGACCGCCAACUGGUUCACUGUGGCAGCAGUUCGUGUUUGGUGUAUUGGAGCCGUCACAGAGGCAAGAGGAACCAACGACAGGCCAAACUAGCAUGUUCAACUGGCAGCGAUUUGUCCCUGCUGGAAUAAUCGGGAGGUCCCGUGAGGACCAACCAGCGUUAUCGGCGGCUCUGACGGAGCGUUCGGGUGGGAAAACUGCUAGUGAGGAUAGCAGGCAGAGAGAAAAUUUGUCCCGUGGGAGGAGACUGCAAAGCGUUGUCCCUCUCGUUUUUCCGAGUCUAAUGCUAGGAGUCCCAGGAGAUUUAACAAGCGCGCAGCAGAUGCGACAGUGGACAGGGAGCCAGGCGUUUCCUAAUCCGUUUGAUAUAUAUCGACCGCCACUACGCUUUCAACCUUUUCAAGUACCCCUCCAGGCGCCGCUGAUGCCACUUCCUGAAGGGACCAACCAGCAGCUCCAGGAGAUGAAGCAGCGCCUUCAGCAGAUGCAGCAAAAAGUGGACGCAGAGUUGCGACAACAGCUUGAACCGCAGCUUCAGCGAGAGUAUACAUGGCGCACCGCAGGGGGCGGCAUCGCCCAUGGUCGCUUUGGCGCCGCAUCGGCCUCCGCUUUCCAGACCUCGCAGUCGACUGGAAAAACCGAACAAACCAUUCAGCAACAGCCGCAGUGGGAAGAGCCUCUCAACAUGAGAGAACAGCAGUACCCGCAAGGACAACCACAAAACCAGACUCCAUCACCACCACCGCGACCAACUUCUCAAGGGGGGCCGCCAGUUGACCUGCUCUCUUCGUUGAUGAAUGACCUCGAAAGAAAGGAGAUACCAAGCAACGAGGGAGGACAUUCGGAUUCGCAGAGCGAGGUGCCCGAACUGCUGCGGCUCGAUCUUCUCCAUAACGACCUACCCGUAACACAGACGGCAGACAGACGCACAGGUAGUAGAAGGCUGCGGGGGCCUGCUGGGAGUAAGGACGAUGACCAACACGGAAAUAAGCGUCUUCAAAGUGAAGCCCAGAGUGAGACGAACAGUGAUCAUGAUGACCGAAAUCUGCAGGGACGAUUCUCAUGGCGACAAUUCGUCCCCCAUUGGACAGAAUUUAUUCCCCCAAUAGCUCUGGGUCGACACGACGCCACAUUAGCGACGGGCGCGCCAGCCCAGCCUUCUAAUGAUGCCAGCUUGAGACAAGAUAAAUCAUACGAACAACUAAUCGCACGACAACAGCAGCUGGAACAAGAAGUGAUGGAACUUCGAGCCAAGCAGGUGAGAACUGACGCUCAGCGAGCGCCACCUAGUUGGCAGAUGCAGGCUGAUGUUGGGGUACAAGCUGAAUUGUCUCAGCCUUCAGCAACUGAAGGCGGCGCCCGGGAGGAAAGUGAGGGAAAGCUGCAGGAGCUUUACCAAAAGCAAGUAGAUGAACUCAAAAUGAGGCAAAGGGAACAGUGGGGUGAGCUCCGCGCGAAGUGGAAAGAAGAGAUGGACGAUCUGAAGCAGCGGCACCGCGAGCAGAGUCAGCAGCUACGAGAAACUCAACGUGAGCGCGCCCGGGAGCAAGCGGAGCGCCUCAGAGAGAGGCAAGAAAAAGAGUGGAAGGAGCUGAAGCAGGCGCAGGCCGCCGCCUUGGAGAUUAUUCGCAGACAUCAAGCUGAUAUGGCAACGCGGCUUCAGCACGAGCACACAUCUCAGCUGCAGCAACUCCUUGCUCAGCAGCGGGAACAGCUGGAAAGAGCAGACAGACUCCAGAGAUUACAGAAUGCGUUGAAAGAACAGCAGCUGAGCGUGGACCAUCAACUGCAAGGGCUGGUACAGACACCAAUUGACAACGUAGAGUCGCUAAUCCAUCCCGCAGCCGAACGCAGUGAUAGCGGGAAGCAGAUCCACCACGGGGCACACGACACAUGGGAGCCACCGCUCACGCAAGGAGAGACACGCGCCAACGAUCGACAGGAAAUCCCCCCACAGGCUCAACCCCACAUGGAAACGCAAGCGGAACCCGAAGCAGCAAGUGAAGACACCCAAGCGGUGAACGCAUUAGAGGCGGGGGGACUAGAGCUCACAGACGAUGAGCAAGACGAACAUACAAAGGAGGGGGAUUCUGGAUCACAGACGGAAGAAGGAUCGGAAGAGGUCGACAGCGGGGCGGCCCCGCUACGGAGGGAGCCGGAAUCCGCGGAAUCGCAAGGCCAAACGCAGGGGAUGGCUGACGCCCGCCACCAAGCAGAAGCAAACCAACAGUUGGAUUCAACCACGGGCGACAUAGGGGAAGAGACCCUUUCUGCCGUGACACAAGAAGACACGGACGACAAGAAGGAUGAAGAAUCCGAGAGCCCGGCUGGCACAGAGAGUGCGGGCGACGAUACUCCUUCGUAUUCCGCACACGACGCGUUUCCGAAACUAAUUAGGCUCGAGAAGAAAAAAUCUACCGACGAACGCAUUGCUGAUUAG